AUGUCAAAAGACGAAUAUUUCGGUAAACCUAGUGGUCCACCACCAAAUUAUAAUAAUCAACCCCAAUCACAACAACCACAACAAAGUUAUGUACCACAAUCACAACCCAAUUAUUCUCAACAAACACAAGAUCGAGGAAUGUUUAGUGGUGGUGGUGGUGGUCAUGGCCACUAUCAACAACAACAAGGAUAUAAUGCUUAUGGACCACCACCUCCACAAGGUGGAUAUUAUCAACAACAGCCAGGUGGUGGUGGUGGAUAUUAUCAACAACAACAACAACAACAACCUAUGUAUGUACAACAACAACCACGUUCUGGAGGUAAUGAUUCUUGUUUAAUGGGUUGUCUUGCUGCAUUAUGUGUUUGUUGUACUUUAGAUAUGCUUUUUUAA